UCUCAAUCCUCCAUUCCUUAAUCCUCCGCUUCCUCAACUCCUCUGAUCAACAUGGCUGGGCACAACGAUCCUAAGCUGCUCUACUCAAUCAAGGGUAUCAAAGCGUACCACAUUCAAGAUGGAGAGGAACACGACCUCACGCCGUCUGGGCCGCAAACACUCUCUCUCCUUAUGGUUCCGACCAGCUCUCCCUUCGCCGACCUGAGCACGACCAUCCCACAAAACGAGAUUCCCGAUGAGGACUUCUACCUCCACCUCAACCUUCCUCCCGAGCUCGAACUACCUCUCCCCGCGACGACCCAGGUCUACCAUCAACCGCCCACCAGCUACCUCAUCCCGCGCUGGGAUCUCGGUCAUGGCUCUGGCGCAUUCACUCGCAUCGAGUUCCCUCGAAUCGGCUACGGUGUGACCCAAGACGAUGUCGACACAUUCGAGACUAUCCUCGCCCAAUGCACCGCCUUCCUCGAACGUGCGAAGCCACCUAUGCCCUCUCGUCCGGGCGAGAAGUCCUCAUACAACCCCUCCGACUACGCAGCAGGUGGACAAUACCGAGACGAGAAGUCGUCGCAUCAACACGGAGAGAUCGUACUCGUGGACGAGGACAACGGCUCUGUGGUUGGCGAGCUAGGCCAAGGCACGCAAAUUGUCGAAUCCUCCUCGCUCAAGCCUGGCUCCAAAGAACCCGUCGAACUUGAACUCUCCCCUGAUGGGAAACACAUCUCUGUCCGCCCAGUGUCCGAAGACUAUCUUCGCAUGGCCCGGCAUCCGGCGUACAAAGACUCGUCGAUCGUGCAAAACGCUGCGACUGCCUCUCGCUUGCUCGUCACUACCACUUCCUCCCUCGGCAACAUGCUCGUUAGCCGGGCAGACUCUUUCACCAAGACCUCCAAACCCGCCGCCAAACCCAUGGAGUUCGCACCCUCGACCCACGAACGCGUCCGGAAAAUAAACACCUUCACCACCUCCGUCGCCGGCGUAUCGAACAAAACAGUCGGUCAACUGAGCGAUACCGUACAGAACUUCGCGGCUCGCGCGGCUGGCAAGAAGAAGGAACGACCACACAAGGGCUACGAUGAGCAGGGCAAUCCGCUGGACAAGAACGACUACAAACCCGGCUUCCUCAACAAGUCGCUCAUUGCAUUCAGUACGGUCAUGGACGGUAUCGCGACGAGCGGGAAGACGUUGUUGGAAACAUCGGGCAGCGCGGCGAGUACGGUUGUCGGACACAAAUAUGGCGACGAAGCUGGUACCAUCACUAGGAAUUUGGCCGGCGGAGUCAAGAAUGUCGGACUGGUGUAUAUUGACGUUACGGGCGUGAGUCGACGAGCGGUCAUCAAAAGUGUGGCGAAAGGAAUGGUGAUCGGGAAGGUGAGAGGUGGGGGAGAGGUCGUCGUUGGAGGUGGAGACGGAGGCGUGGUGACGGCGGAGGAUUUGAAGGGCGGGAACGAGAAGCCAAGCGGAAGUGGAAGUUCGAGUGUUCAAGGUGGAUUCAAGCCGAGCACAGAGCCGUACCACCCCGUGGGCUUUGGAGCAGGUGCGCCUCCCAAAUAUCAAGAGUUCGGGCAGCCUGGGGCGUAUCCCAGGGAGAAGCAUGGCUGAAGGGGGUGAUCGAUCGAUUGCUGAGUUUCAACGGGAGAUGCCAUCGUGGAACACGAAGUUCUCCUACAAUUCCAAGAGACUGCUAGACGGGCGUGUGGUGUUGCAUAGCAGAAAUUACGGGAGUGGAAAUGAGGUUCUAUACGAGGUUACGAAGUAUGAUAUGGCAGCGACAUUCAAGUUAGAGAAAGAAAACAUGAGAUACUCAAGGGUGCGC